AUGGCGGGCAUGGGUCGUGGGAUGCCAAAUAACAUGCAGCAGAUGACCAUGGCUCAGCAGAUGGCUGGCCAAAUGGGACCACAGAUGGGAGGGCAGUUGAAUGGUCAAAUGGGCGGGCAAAUGGGAGGGCAGAUGGGCGGGCAAAUGGCUGGCCAGAUGGGAGGUCAGAUGCCGAGGGCAAUGUCUCAGCAGAUGGGCGGACAAAUGAGCCUAAGCCAUCCUUCGGUUCAGCAGCAUAUCUUUGACAUGCUGAAUAGUCAAGGGCCAUUCACCGGAUGGCAGGCCAAUGUCGGUAUCAGAGAUCGAGCCGGACAGAUCAAGUUGCUGGUCGACUCGCUUCGUUUGGUCAGACCUCCUGUCGAACUACCUCGUGCAAUUGAGGUUGCUCUACAAUUCGAACGUAAAUGUUUCACGCAAAGCGCCAGCAGAGAAGACUACGUGAAAGAAUGCAGCGAGAAGUUGGGCAGGAUACGGGACCAACGAGCUCAGCAAGUUAACCAGGGCGCCGCCGCUAUGAUGCAGGGCAUGCAGAUGCCUAUGCAACAAAACAUGCAAAUGACCAACCAGAAUUUCGCGCAGAUGCAGCAAAUGCAACAGAACAUGAACCCUAACAUGGGCAUGCCUCAACACAUGCAACAGCAGAUGCAAAGCUCGCCAAUGUUCAAUCAACCUCAAAUGAUGAUGAACCAAGGCAUGCCAAAGAUGAACCAAGGUCAAGCCGGCAUGAUGCAGGCAAACAAUCAACCAAAGCAACAGCAGCAACAGAAUGGAGUACCUGAACUGACAGCGGAAGACAACAAAACUAUCAACCUUAGAGCCGCCGAACUAGCUAAGAGCACAGCAAAGGACGAGAUGCGAAACAUUGUCGAGAAGAUGAAUCCGCAGUUGCGUCAAAGUUUGACUCAGAAGUCGGUAGAUCCUAUCAUAUACUAUUUCCGCAUGCUUGCCACCAAAGAAUUUAGGAGACAAAAGCAGAUGGAAGCAGGGAUGGGAGGACCACAGAUGAAUAACAACGCCAAUAUGAUGGGCCAGCAACAGAGUGCAACCCCUCAGAACGCGACGAGUCAAGGCAUGAAUGGAAAUGCGAAUGGGCUUCUGACAGACAUGGGCAGAUUCCAGGGACAGCAAGCAGAAGGAUUGCGAUCUCAAGAGACAGGUGAACUCGUUGUCCCCGCGAGCACCAGUCAGAGCAUGAUGCCGGAUCAACUGCGUAUCCAACAACAGAUGAUGGCCAACCAAAGAAUGGGACAGCAAGGUCAGAACACUAUGAACCCGGCAUAUCUCCAACAGCAACAACAUCUGCAACGAGCGCAAGCGACGAAGAUGCAGCAAGCACAAUUACAAGCUCAAAAUCAGGCGCAGGCGCAGGCGCGUGCUCAAGCCCAGGCCCAGGCUCAAGCUGCUGCUGCGCAGGCACAGAUGAAUGGACAACGUGGUCAAGGACAAGGUAAACCGCAGACGAGCACCCCUCUUCAAGCCAUCAACCGCCCGGUCAAUCCCAAUGUUACAGGAGCGAGUCCUCAGACAAUACCUCGUCCACCCUCGAGUACGCCUAUGAUGAAUCAGCAAAUGCCAAUGAACAAUGCCAUGCAACAGCAGGGCCAACAACAACAGCAGCAGCAGCAGCCACAACAACAACAGCCACAACAGACGAAUUCGAAAGAGCAAGCUCUGGCAAACUUCCCUGCUCCACUUCAAGCGAUCCUCCGCCAGAAACCACAAAGUGAGUGGCGUAAUAUUCUGCAACAGUUCCAACAGAGUGGGAAUAUGAGGAGAAGUUUGUCACAACAGCCUCAAGGUAUGCAACCGCAAAAACAACAGCCGCAGCCACAGCAACAUCAGCAACAGCAACAGCAACAUCAGCAACAGCAACAGCAACAGCAACAGCCUCAACAGCAGCAGCAGCCCCAGCCUAUGGCCCAGAUGCAGAAAGGCGCUUUCCUUCCAGGUGCUUUGCCUAUGUCGCAGUCACUGUCCCAAGGUGCCACGACGCAGAUGGCCCCAGAUAUGAGUAUGCUAGGCCCCCAAGCCCCAGACAUGAUGAGACAACAAACACGCCAAAUGCAGAUGCAACAGUCGAAGCAACAGCAGCUACAACAGGAGCAGCAGCAGCCGCCUCCGCAGAACCAGCAGGGACAACCUCAAGCUUCUCGUCAACAGUUAACUCAACCGCAGAUGAAGAUCAUGGACCAACAGCCAGUGCCCCCUGCGGUGUUCAACAACAUCAGACAGCAUACACCCUUGCCAGAUAUGAAAACAUGGUAUCAACUCAAGCAGUGGCUCAUUCAAAACCCCGUGCAAAAUUGGCCAGUCUCCCAUGUUCUUGACAUCCAGGCCACUCAUUUCGCCCAUAUCAUGAAGACCCGAAGUAUGCAACAACAACAGAACAACGCGCCGCAAGGCCAGAACCAGCAAUCACAACAAAUGCAACAGAUGCAACAAAUGCAACAGAUGCAGCAGAUGCAGCAGAUGCAACAGAUGCAACAGACGCCACAAAUGCCAAUGCAAGGCGUUCCUGGCCAAGCGCCUGUUGCUCCUUCUGGUCCUUCUGGUCCAAUGCAGCCUCGUAUGCCGACUCAAGCAGAUAUACAGAAGGUUCGACUCGCAAACCCCAAACUAGCAAACCAUUCCGACGACCAAAUUCGUGCAAUGAUCCUGCAGCGUCAUCGCCAACAAAUGCAACAGAAAGCCAUGCAGCAGCAGGCGGCCCAAGGAAUGACUCAGCCGAUGCAACCCACGUCAUCUCAACAGGGCCAGCAAUUUGCAAUGCAACAACAACAGCCACAGAACCAAGGUGCUCCUAUGCAAGGCCAGCAACAGCAGCAACGGCCAGCUUCAGCCCAAGCAACAGGGCAAACCCGACCUCUAGGAACGCCGGGCCUGCCGGAUGGCAAAGCAGCAAAGCGAUUAAGCGAUGAUGACUUGAUGGAAGUGCCUAAUCCGAAUAUCAACAAGCAAUCUCAACCACAGAUCGAUGCCAACAAGAUGCCAUCACAAAUGAGCAAGGAGCAAUUCAAUGCCCUGGAUCCGACCAAGAAGCAACAAUUCAUCAACUUGCAGCGGCAGCAGGCGGCGGCAAGGAAGGUAGCUGAGCUGGGCAACGAGGUUAGGGCCAACAUGCCGAAGCUGCGCCCAAUCACGAAUAUGGACGCGGCCAGUAGACAACGAAUUGCCAGGAUCUUGACUUCCGACAACGUCAAGAACAUGCUGGGAAGGUUCGAUGCGUUCCUCAUGGCAAUCUAUCGUAUGGAACCGGAUGAUGGGGCCAUCAAACAACUUCAACUGCAGAAAUUCCAGUUGUUUUUCCAGUUCAAGCAGUCGUCAUUGCCAAACAGGACCUUUGAAUUGGCAGAUCAUUUCAGCAUCACCGCUGAUAAUGUAGAGGCGAUCAUCAACAAUAUCACUGCCAGAUUUCAGCAGACCAUGGCACAAAUCCCCAACAAACAACGUCAACAGCCUGCACAAUUGACUCCAGAGAACUUGAGCCUUCUGCAGGAUCAAGAACGCAAGAAAUCAACUGGGAACCAGGUUCCCCCUGCUCCAACUUCCUCACAGCCUCCAUUUCAACUUGGGGCUCAACCAGGACAAGGAGCCCCGGCUUGGUACGGAAAUGCGGGACUCAAACAAGAAGACCUCAAGCUUCCAGCGGACCCGAAGAGACGUAAGAAGACUCAACCCACCGCGCCUAGUGCUGCUGGCACACCUUCGGUCACUACUUCCCCACAGGCGGCAAAAGCUCCAAAGCCAGCAGAGGUAUUCAAGUGUUCUGUGCAAGGCUGCGAGCAUCAACUUAAAGGCUUUACCACGCAAGUUGAGCUGGAUCAGCACCACAAUCUCGCACACAAGUUGGAUAUGGAGCCAGUCACUGACCCUCUGGCUUUUCUGCAUGAGUCUUUACGGUCUGCUUUUAACUUGGAUGAAAACCUCAAGCAGAUCAAGAAGUCUCUACCAAAGCCAGAGAGCAAAGCCGCAGUGGUUGCCAAUGUCAAAGGCGAAGGCGGUGCAGCCACUCCUACUGAUAUGGCCAGGAUUCCGAGCCAGACCGCGACUGGUGCUUCUGCAAAAAUCAAUGAAUCUACAGUGAAAGAAGAAGGCGAUCCUUGGAGACAUAGCAAUAUUACACUUGAUCAACUAAGUGUCAUCUUUGGUGGUGACGAAUGGGACGAGCUUUUCGCCUCGCAGGAAAAGCAACAGGAAGAACAACGGAAGUUUUACGAGGCGUACCGCAACACGAGCGACAGGUGGAGAAAGAUAGUAGAAGGUCCCAACGGCCAUCUUACCGAUACAUCCACCGACAAAUCCAAGAGUCCAGAGAUUGCUAGCGACAAGGAACUUCCCGCAGCGCAAGACCAACAAGCCACGGCGGAAAAGGUCACAGAGGAUGAUCCUUGGAUGGUCAGUCUCGAGGGCAUUGAUGGUCUCGAUCUCGAGGACUUGUCUCCAUUUGAGGAAAUCGAUCAGGAUGUCGUGAUGGGCGACAACGGGUCUCCUUUCGAGGCUGUCGAGAACAAGAAGAUGUCGGCGGGAGAGCGCAUGGCACGGCAUAUGGGCCUGGAUGUUGACAAUCCGGGAAACUGGUCGGAAGCGGACAAGGAGUUGGCGGACUUUUUGCUACAUUCGUGA